AUGGACGCUAACCGCCCGGGCGCGUUCGUGCUGAGCAGCGCCCCGCUGGCCGCGCUGCACAACAUGGCCGAGAUGAAGACGUCGCUAUUCCCAUAUGCGUUGCAGGGCCCGGCCGGCUUCAAGGCGCCCGCGCUGGGCGGCCUGGGCGCGCAGCUGCCCCUUGGCACCCCGCACGGCAUCAGCGACAUCCUGGGGCGGCCGGUGGGCGCGGCGGGCGGCGGCCUCCUGGGCGGCUUGCCCCGGCUCAACGGGCUGGCCUCGUCAGCUGGCGUCUACUUCGGGCCCGCGGCCGCCGUGGCGCGCGGCUAUCCCAAGCCCCUGGCCGAGCUUCCCGGGCGCCCGCCCAUCUUUUGGCCCGGAGUGGUGCAGGGCUCGCCCUGGAGGGAUCCCCGCCUGACCGGCCCUGCCCAGGCCGGCGGGGUCCUGGACAAGGACGGCAAGAAGAAGCACUCGCGGCCGACCUUCUCGGGCCAGCAGAUCUUCGCGCUGGAGAAGACUUUCGAGCAGACGAAGUACCUGGCGGGGCCCGAGCGCGCGCGCCUCGCCUACUCCCUGGGCAUGACUGAGAGCCAGGUCAAGGUGUGGUUCCAGAACCGCCGGACCAAGUGGCGCAAGCGGCACGCGGCGGAGAUGGCGUCGGCCAAGAAGAAGCAGGACUCGGACGCCGAGAAGCUGAAGGUGGGCGGCUCGGACGCGGAGGACGAUGACGACGAGUACAACCGGCCCCUGGACCCCAACUCGGACGACGAGAAGAUCACGCGGCUGCUCAAGAAGCACAAAGCCCCGAACUUGGCGCUGGUCAGCCCGUGCGGCGGCGGCGCGGGGGACGCCUCGUGA